AUGGCGUACAAUCCUCACGGUAACAGCAACGAGUAUGAUGGCCAUAGGCUCCAAGACCUGCCUGCGGGUGGCAGCUCUUACCAUCUGCCCGCCGGUGCUGAGCAGGACGACGACGAGUCCCAGCGUCACCUCCUGGGCCACUCUCCCGGCUUGCAUCCACAAUACGAGCAAGAUCGCUUAGGCGCGGGCACACCUCCUGUGCGCCCCGUGUCCGCGUACAGUCUGACCGAAUCCUAUGCCACCCCUGCGCCUCCGACUACACAAACACCCGUGCCGUACGGAAAUGAAUACGGCGGCGGUGGACAGUUCGCUGGUCACCAGCUGGAGGACACUGGUUUUGGCUAUGGCCGACCCGCCUCGACCAUGACCGCCGACACGGACGAGAGCUGGCUGCGUCGUCAGCAGCCGGGCGGUGCACCCGGUGGCUUAAAGCGGUACGCUACUCGUAAGGUCAAGCUUGUUCAGGGUUCCGUUCUGAGCGUCGACUAUCCUGUCCCUUCUGCCAUCAAAAAUGCCGUCCAGCCCAAGUACCGCGACGUCGAGGGUGGCACCGGCGAGUUCAUCAACAUGCGAUACACCGCUGCCACUUGCGAUCCCAACGAUUUCACCCUGAAGAAUGGCUACGAUCUACGACCCCGGAUGUAUAACAGACACACCGAGUUGUUGAUUGCCAUCACCUACUACAACGAGGACAAAGUGCUCUUUGCCCGAACCCUGCACGGUGUAAUGCAGAACAUCCGCGACAUCGUCAACCUGAAGAAAUCUACCUUCUGGAAUAAGGGUGGUCCGGCCUGGCAAAAGAUUGUUGUGUGCUUCGUCUUCGAUGGUAUAGAUAAGGCGGACAAAGAAACGCUGGAUGUACUGGCGACCGUGGGUGCCUUCCAGGACGGUGUCAUCAAGAAGGAAGUCAACGGCAAGGAGACGGUGGCUCACGUUUUCGAGUACACCACCCAACUGUCUGUGACGCCCAACCAGCAGCUCAUCCGCCCCACGGAUGACAGCCCGCAGACCCUGCCUCCCGUCCAGAUGAUUUUCUGCUUGAAGCAAAAGAACACCAAGAAGAUCAACUCCCACCGUUGGUUGUUCAACGCCUUCGGCCGAAUCUUGAACCCUGAAGUUUGCAUUCUCCUUGAUGCCGGUACGAAGCCCGGCGGAAAGUCGCUUCUUGCGCUCUGGGAAGGCUUCUACAACGACAAGGAUCUGGGUGGUGCCUGUGGUGAAAUCCAUGCUAUGCUUGGGAAAGGCGGCAAGAAGCUGCUGAACCCCCUCGUCGCUGUCCAAAACUUCGAGUACAAGAUUUCCAACAUUCUCGACAAGCCCUUGGAAAGUUCUUUCGGUUACGUCUCUGUGUUGCCCGGAGCCUUCUCCGCCUACCGGUUCCGCGCCAUCAUGGGCCGGCCGCUCGAGCAGUACUUUCACGGUGACCACACACUGUCUAAGAUUCUUGGAAAGAAGGGUAUCGAGGGCAUGAACAUUUUCAAGAAGAACAUGUUCUUGGCCGAAGAUCGAAUUCUGUGUUUCGAGUUGGUCGCCAAGGCCGGCUCCAAGUGGCACCUGACGUACAUCAAGGCUGCCAAGGGUGAAACCGAUGUGCCGGAAGGAGCGCCCGAGUUCAUCGGUCAGCGACGACGAUGGCUCAACGGUUCCUUCGCUGCCUCGCUGUACUCCCUCAUGCACUUCGGGCGGAUGUACAAGAGCGGUCAUAACAUCAUCCGCAUGUUCUUCUUCCACAUCCAGCUUCUCUACAACAUCGCAAACGUCUUGUUCACCUGGUUCUCCCUGGCUUCGUAUUUCCUGACUACCACGGUCAUCAUGGAUCUGGUCGGUAGUCCGGAUGAUGCGACGGGGAAGACGGGUUGGCCGUUUGGGGACACCGCUACGCCCAUCGUCAACAUGAUUCUUCAGUACCUCUACAUCGCUUUCAUCAUCCUGCAGUUCGUCCUUGCGCUCGGUAACCGUCCCAAAGGUUCCAAGUGGUCAUACAUCAGCUCGUUCGGCGUGUUCGGUUUUGUCCAGUUGUACAUCCUCCUCUUAUCCGGGUAUCUCGUCGUCUCUGCCUUCACGAAUCCUGUCAAUAAGGUGGAAGGCGACGUUGGCGACGCUCUGAAAGACAUGUUCACUGGUAAAUCCGAAGUUGCCAUUAUCAUUCUAGCGCUCCUAGCCACGUUUGGUCUCUACUUCAUCGCCUCGUUCAUGUACCUGGAUCCCUGGCACAUGUUCCACUCUUUCCCGUCCUACUUGAUCCUCAUGUCAACGUACAUCAACAUUCUGAUGGUCUACGCCUUCAACAACUGGCAUGACGUAUCUUGGGGUACCAAGGGCUCUGACAAGGCUGAGGCGAUACCUGCGGCUCAUGUAGUAAAGGACGAGAAGGGUGACGCUGCUAUUGAGGAGGUCGAAAAGCCUCAGGAGGAUAUCGACAGCCAGUUUGAGCAGACGGUGAAGCGGGCUUUGGCUCCCUUCAAGGAGGAGGUUGAAGUCGAAACGAAGGACCUCGACGAUUCGUACAAGUCUUUCAGAACUUCGCUGGUCAUCACCUGGUUGUUCACCAACAUGGCUCUGAUCGUCGGUGUGACCAGUGAUAGUCUGGCCACAUUUGGCAUUGGUGGCAAAACUUCGGACAGAACGGCGGCUUUCUUCAAGUUCCUGCUCAUCGCCACGGCACUACUGUCUCUGGUCCGUUUCAUCGGCUGCUGCUGGUUCUUGGGCAGGUCCGGCAUCAUGUGCUGCUUUGCUAGACGGUAG